AUGUCAAUGGCAGGAAAACUCCUGAUUGGAGUCGAUGUUGGGGGAACAAACACGGACUCGGUGCUUAUGAAUCCACUUGCACUUGACUCUCCAAAUAGAGGAGUUCUUGCUUGGAAUAAAUCAGCGACCACUUCUGACGUUUCCGACGGAAUUCAAAAAGCCAUUAUGUCUUUGAUGAGUGAUUGCCCCGAAAUUGAAAAAAGUCACAUUGCCUCAGUUACCAUUGGAACAACGCAUUUUAUAAAUGCUGUUAUUGAGCAGGAUGAGGCGAAACUGGAAAAAGUUGCGGUUCUUCGAUUGAGUACAAACUACUCCAAGUACGCUCCUCCCUUCUCCGAUUUUCCAGGAGGUUUGAGAUCGGUUAUGGAAGGAUAUAGCGCAAUUUUGACAGGUGGUAACAGAAUUGAUGGAAACGAAGUCCGACCUCUAGAUGAAGAAGCUGUUAAGACACAUGCUUUCAAGAUCAAAGAGCUAGGUAUAAAUGCGAUUGUUAUCACUGGGCAGUUCUCACCAAUGUACCCUGCUCAAGAGGAAAGAGCAGCGGCCAUAAUUCGGAAGAUUUUGCCAAAAGCAAACAUCGUUCUUUCUCACACUAUUUCCACGAUCGGCUUCAUCGAGAGAGAGGAUGCUUCAAUUUUAAAUGCUUCCAUCAUGACAUUUGCUAGGAAGAUCAUUCUUUCUUUUAAAGAUGCAAUGAAGCAAAUUGGCCUACAUUGCCCUGUGCUUCUGACCCAAAAUGAUGGCACUGUUGUUUCCACCUCCGAGGCAAUGAGAACGCCAGUGAAGACAUUCUCCUCAGGUGCAACAAAUUCGAUGAGAGGUGCAGCAACUUUAUGUGCAAAGGAAAAGUCUAUUCAUGGAAAGCCUGUUAUUGUUGCAGAUAUUGGGGGAACUACAACUGACGUUGGUUUACUGCUUCCAUCUGGGUUUCCCCGGCAAUCCUCUGCGUAUUCUUUUAUUGCUGGUGUCAGGACAAACUUUUCCAUGCCCCAUGUGGAAUCCAUUGGUCUUGGUGGGGGAUCUGUUGUCAGAAUAGGCAAUGACGUGACAAUAGGACCUGAAUCCACCGGCGCAAAAAUUUUAACCGAAGGUCUUGUGUUUGGAGGGAAAACUGUCACGGCAACAGAUGUCACUUGUGCAAUAGGAAUGGAAGAUGAUUCAAUUAAAGAUAAGGAGUUGUUCGGUGUGGGUGAUUUCAGCAAGGUGAAAGGAAAGUUUUCGAAGGAUGUUAAACAGAAGUUUUCCUCUGAGCUUAAAAAGAUGCUGGAAGCUGUUAUCGAUAGGAUGAAAACGUCUGCAGAUCCGAUUCCAGUUGUUCUUGUGGGUGGGGGGUCCUUGAUUGCACCUCCAGAACUAGAAGGAGCAAGUUCUGUUUUCCGUCCUCCCUUUUUUGGAGUGGUCAAUGCUAUUGGUGCAGCAAUUGGUAAAGUAUCAGCAUCCGUUCAGGCAAUUAAGAAGUUAGAUCCCACGGAUAGUAAGGAUGAAAUACUUGCAGGUCUUAAGGAGAGUGCGAUUGCAAAAGCUGUCUCAAAAGGUGCUCUGAAAGAUUCUCUUGUUUUUGACAAUAUUGUUGCAAAUCCUAUCCCCUAUGUGCCAAACACGAUUCAAUUCAUUGUCAAAGUUAUUGGAGAUGUUGACUAUCAUUCUAUGAAAUACUCGCAGCCUAUCGACAACGAUGAUCACGAUUCUGAGAAGUCUGGUGGAAGUGUUGCAAAGAACUCUACAUUUUCUUCCCAGAAAAUCAUUGAGCAUGAGGUGAAAUUUGACGUUAACAGUUACAAGCCAUUUAUUAAUACUCAAGGAGAAUGGAUUCUAUCGGAGGUUGAUUGUGAAUUUUUACGAAUUGGAGUUUAUAUUCUCGGAUGUGGCGGUGGCGGAACACCGUACCAUUACUUUCUUGCGUUGCGUAAUAUGGUGCGCUCAGGUAAGCUGGUCAGAAUCAUACGCCCACAGGACUUCCAUAAAUACCAGCAGGGUGAUGGAGCAAUUACUGCUGUGGGAUAUGCGGGCUCUCCAACAGUUGGUCUUGAACAAUUGAGUGGAGAUGAAAUGAUUCAUGCAUAUGACUUGAUCAAAAAGCAUACAGAUGUGCUACCUCAAGCGUCUCUUCCUUGGGAGAUCGGUGGAGGAAAUGGUCUGACAGGUUUGAAAAUUGCAGGAGAUCUAGGAAUCCCAUGUAUCGAUGCAGAUUUCAUGGGCCGUGCCUAUCCUCUAUUAUGGCAAAUGAUCCCUGUGUGUUACUCAACUACGCCCUGUUUUCCUCCUUGCGCUUUGAGUGAUGGCAAUGGAACUACUCUUCUUCUUUCGGAAGCUAUAAGCGAUGUUAUUGUUGAGCAGGUGUUCCGUGCUAGUUUGUCAGAGAUUGGAGCUCACUGUGCAAUGGUGUCAUUUAUGAACGGAAAGGAUAUAUCUGACAAGAGUAUUUUUAAUACGACUUCCUUGGCAUGGAGGGUGGGAAGAGCUGUACAUGAAGCUAGACAGAAUUCGGAGGUUGAAAAACUGCCGGAAUACAUCAUUAAUGCCUGUGGGGGAUCCAAGACAGCUGAAAAGAUAUUUUCCGGGAAGAUUAUCCGUGUCGAGAGACGCACAUUCAAAGGACAUGUUUACGGUGAAAUCGAUGUUAAGUCGGAAGACAGCGACUCAGUCAUGACUAUUCCUUUCAAAAACGAAAAUAUCUAUUGCGAGGUCAAUCAAAACGGCAAAAAAAAGGUUGUUGCGUCUGUUCCGGAUCUAAUAUCGGUUAAUGACAAAGAAACCGGCGAAGGACUCGGAACACAAGAUUACAGAUACGGUCUACAUGUGUUUGUCAUAGCUAUCUGCCCAAGUACCAAAUGGACUGACACUGCAGAAGCAUUGAAAAGUGGUGGUCCAUCCGCUUUUGGGUAUGAGUUUGGCUACGAAUCCGUCGGAACUUAUGUUGCACCAUUCAGUGUCAUCGACGAGUAUAGAUAA